AUGCUAAAUUACGGGAGAGCAUAAAUCUUUUUCAUUUUAGGAUAAUUCGUGACUAUUCUUUUUUUCGGUCUUUUCACAAUUUAUGGCAAGGGAUCUGAUCCUAAAGGUUCUGCUGAUAGUGCGACUAAUUCAAGUCCAAGAUAAAUGGCUGAUAUUUACGCCAUGUUCUAGGAUGUCCAUAUUAUGAUCUUUAUCGGAUUCGGAUUCCUUAUGGUAUUUCUCAAAUCUCACAACUGGUCUUCAAUAGGGUAUAACUACCUCAUUGCAUGCUGGGCUAUCUAAAUAACAAUUUUAUGGAACCACUUUUGGGAGCAAGUCUCCAAAUAUUAUGAUAACUAGAACCAUUCCUUUGAAAAACUCAAUUUAAGUAUUUAAACCUUAUUGAAUGGUGAUUACGGGGCAGCAGCGGUUCUGAUAACUUUUGGAGCUAUCCUUGGCAAAUGCAGCCUCUUUCAAUUAUUUGGUAUAGCAUCAAUUGAAGUUAUACUUUACGCACUAAAUCGAGCAAUUAUCCUCAACAUAUUCAAAGCUGAAGAUAUUGGAGGUACUAUGACUAUUCAUGUAUUCGGAGCAUUCUUCGGUCUAGCUUGCUAGUUUUUCUACCAUGUUAGAAAUGCAUGUAAAGAUGAGAGAAAGCUAGAUUGCGGUAAUUACUUAUCAGAUAUCAUCUCAAUGACUGGCACUCUUUUCUUGUUUGUUUAUUGGCCAUCAUUUAAUGCUGCUGAACUAAUCGGAUCUAGUUAAUAAAGAGCUGUAAUUAACACAUAUCUCUCUAUAUCAACUAGUGUUAUAUCUGCUAUUGUCUGGUCUAAGAUUUUAAAGAAUGGAAAAUUAGACAUGGAGAUUAUACUUAAUGCGUCUUUAGCAGGAGGAGUCGCUAUGGGAUGCAACUCAAAUAUUAUUGUUUUACCUUUUGGCUCGAUGCUUGUUGGUAUUGGAGCAGGAACAGUAGCUUCUCUCGGAUUUGGAAUAAUCCAGCCUCUGUUAAGAAGAAAGCAAUUAGUUCAUGAUACUUGCGGUAUUCUUAACCUUCAUGCAAUGCCAGGAAUAGUUGGAGGUAUAGUUUCAGCUAUUGUUGCUUCAAGAGCCAGAGAUAACUUUGGUGCUAAUUAUGGAAAUAUCUUUUUAUUUGAUAAUGAGGCAUAUAGAACUGCUUCAUAGUAAGCAGGUUAUUAGCUAGCUGCUUUAGGACUCUCUAUCGGGUUAGGAGUAUUCGGUGGUUUAUUGACAGGACUUAUUACAUCAACAUAAUUCUUUCAACCUCCACCAAAGGAGUUACUUUUUGAUGACACUUUUCACUGGCAUGAAUGUGAGAUAGACCAUCAAACAUUGAGAUCUCUAUUCGAAAUCGGCAAAAAGAUUCUUGAAGAAGCCUCAGAUUCUUCAAGGUAGAUCUAAAGAAAAAGAAUUGAUCACUCAUUGGUUAUAAUGGAUCCCUAAACUAUUGCAGAUGACUAAGACCUGGACAUUCUUAACUUGCACAGAAAUAAAAAGAUUAACUGA